GCUUGACCUAGCUUGACACUGGAUCUGUAUGAAUGGAAGGCAGGACGACACACUCACUGCAAGGUUAGCCAAACUAACGACCCACUAAACGCUGCAAUGUGGCAAAGGACAUGUUGGGUCCUGGCUGCAGAUGCCAUGAUUUGCCGCUGAUCUGUUGACAGGCAGCAUCAGCCAUGUCUUUUGUCUCACUCCUGCGCCACACAUUGAGAUUGGAGGGCAAACACAUUGCUAGACAUUUUAUCCAACAGAGAGCUCUAUCCGGAGCCGAUGCAAUCAAUGCACUGCGACCGUUUUACUUUGCGGUCCAUCCUGACUUCUUCGGCCAGUAUCCCAGGGAACGGGAGGUGAAUGAAAAUUCCCUAAAGAGGCUAAAUGGCUAUUUGGAAAACCUCCAGAAGCCCGGGGCGCAAUCGGUUCAGCCAACAAAGCUUACUUUUUAUGUCAGAGAAACUAAAGAGAGCAGUGAUAUGCAGCAAGACCUCCUCCCCUCAGGGUUCCGCUCAGUGAGUUUCACCCUGCACACAAAGGAUGUGUUGAGCACAGUAAUGGAUGUUUUGAAGUCCUGCAGCCUGCCAGUAGAGCACAUGAAGGGGCUGAAGGCGAGCACAAAGACAGCCAAGACUUCCCCUGGGGCCGGGAUGCCUUUCUACAGACCCAUCAAAUGGGACAAGACUUACUAUUCUUUCACUGGCUUCAGAGAUCCUGAGCAGGAGAUUCAGCAGGCCAAGAGAGUCGAGCCUACACUCAGCUUAUGGCUGAGAAACAAUGAGCCUGAGGCAACAAAGAAGCACAGCAUUAGUCUUCCUCGGCGAGACGAGCUCAAGAGACUGAAGAAGGAGCUGUGCCAGAAAUUUGACCUGGCUGAUAUCAGGUGGCAGCGUAGCUGGGGAGUCACCCACAGGUGCUGUCAGCUCCAGAGUCUCAGCCGUCUGUCUCAGCAAAACCCCGAGGCCUUGAUCAAUUUGCAAGGACACACCAUUGUCUUCACUGACCAGUCUGGGAUGAACGCCUCAGGACAUGUCAUGCUGGGAACAAUGGAUGUUCAUCAUCAGUGGACAAAACUGUUUGAAAGGCUGCCCAGCUAUCGGAGCCUGCAGCAGCAGACAGAGUGGUUGAAGGAGAGGAUCAGCCUUCUCCUGGGUGGAGCCCAGGUCAUCCACGUUGAGAGGCUGGGUCCUGUCCAGCCCAUCGCUGAGCACUACAGCACCCUCAACACCUUCCACAAGACGCUGAUGCCUCGAUGCCUGCGUCUGCACCCCAGGAGCCUGCAGGGUCUCACCAUAACACUGGACAACAACCGUUACACCCCCAGUCUUCAUGAGAUGGGCCACUUUAUUAUUCCUACCCGCUGUGACCCUCCAAAGCUGCAAGCCUUCCUCCAGAGCCACGCGCACGAGGCCAGGCAGCGCAUGCACCGCACAAACCAGCUGCAAGCAGAGGAAGAGGCAGCAGUGAAGGCGUGCCUCCAGUCUCUCUCCCUCAGAAGCCUCUCGAAGGAGCCCAGCGUCACCUCCAGCCAGAUGAUCCUCUGCUGUAAAAGGCUCCUGGAGCAGCGUUCGCCCCUCAUGCAGGGUCUCCACAUUUGCAUUUCACACUUUUACUCAGUCAUGCAGGACGGGGACCUGUGCAUCCCCUGGGACUGGAAGAGCUGAGUCUGAAGGGAAACGUCCUCCGCGGCUCAGUCCAUCUCCUGUAUAGAAAACAUCAGACAAAAAGCUCUCCCUAAUAGCAGGACGGCCACAGCUGUAAAUGUUUUGGAAAGUUUUUGGGGCAUUUUAAUGUUGUCCAGGCUGCAUAAUGUGGGAGAGGGAGAUUUUGAUUUGGUUUGAGAGAAUAGACACCACAGGAGAAAAAAUGGAAAGUGAUGUCUUUUGAAUUUCUUUGAGGUUCACCACAGAUUGAGUCAUUUUAUAAGAAGCACUUUACUCCUGUACAGGAGAGGUCAAAUAGAGCGUUAAGUGAAUGGACACUUAAGUGUAGUAAAGUCCAAAUUUGGUUUGCACAAAAGGCUUUAAGUCAAUCAGUGUUGAAACCUCAAACUCACUUUGGUUUGAGAAAUUCUCAAAUGUCUAUUUUUGUUAUCAUGUGCACUACACAGAGAGAGAAUUCAGUAUCGGUUCCUUUAGGCCUUUAUACUUUCAGUACAAAUACUUUGCCAGCUCUGGUAAAGACCGUGUGUUCUUUAUAUCUGAAAGGAGCUGUUCAGACUGAAUGAGGGGAACAUUUUUGACAGUUAUUACUUAGUUAACAGUGUGUUACAAAGUUAUGUUACAACUUGAAUACCGCAGACACAUUUCUGUGUCACGAUGUGCUAUUUUUGGUCUCAUGUAUAUUCCUAUAUAGCAAAGAUAUGUUUCAGCAUCAGGGUGACUGAGUGUGGUGUUGAAUUGCUUCACUAGAUGGAGCUGUUCUAUUAAACCCAUACUGGGGUUCAUUCCUCUGAAGGAUUUUCUGGACCUAACCAUAGUCAGCAGGUGGCCAUGGUGAGCUGAAAUUGCUGUUUUAGCUGAGUAUAAAAAUAAUCUGUGUUUGGAAAGUCAUAAUAACCAAUUCUAAUUAAAAACAAUUCUGCUCAAAGUCAUUUCAGGCUUAA